AUGGGGCUUCUGAGUAUCCUGAAGAAGAUGAAGAAGGAAGAGCGAGAGGCUCGCAUCUUGGUCCUGGGCUUGGACAAUGCCGGGAAGACCACCAUCCUGAAGAAAUUAUCAGAGGAAGACAUUACGCAUAUCAUGCCGACGCAGGGCUUCAACAUCAAGAGCUUAGUGCACGAGGGCUUCAAGUUGAAUGUGUGGGACAUUGGAGGGCAGAAGGCCAUCAGGCCGUAUUGGAGCAACUACUUUGAGAACACUGAUGCCCUGGUCUACGUCAUCGACAGCUCCGACCGCAGGCGUUUGGAGGAAAGCGGCGCGGAGUUGGCGGAGCUGCUGGCUGAGGACAAGCUCGGAGGCAUUCCGAUGCUCGUCUUCGCCAACAAGCAGGACUUAAUGAGUGCCUCGCCCGCCUCCGAAAUAGCAUCAGUAUUGAACUUAGAAGCCAUUGGUGACCGCAUUUGGCAAAUCCAAGCCUGCAGCGCGAAGGAGGGUGACGGAUUGCAGCCUGGCGAGGCAAGAGGGUAUGGAAUGGCUCAUCGGCGCGUGCAGAAAGGACUGAGAGCAGCAUGCCUCAGCAGAGGUCGGUCCCUGGUAGAAAUCAUCCUGGGCUUUGGAUCCUCCAAGGCGGGAUCACUACCAGCAUGGCCCAGCUGUGAUGCGGCGCUGGUAGGUAUGGCUAAUGGCCCCUUGGAGCGCGUCCGCCAGUAUCUUCAAUGGCGCUGUCGGAUGAAACAUUUCGCGGGUGUUGCCUGUGGCAUUGUGCGCGGUGGCAGUUUAGUGUUCUAUCAAGAUGCCGGGUACCAAGACGUGGACUCAAAGGCGAAGAUGAGUGGCAAUACCAUCGUCCGCUUGUUUUCCAUGACGAAAUGCCUGGUGGCAGCGGCCUUUGCUACGUACUACGAGGACCCAGACAGUGGCAUCGACUUAGACGAUCCUGUCAGCAAGUGCCCUAUGUCCACAGGGUGGAAACCGGCAGCCGGUGAUACCCUCACUGCUAUGCCGUUUGCUGUGAUAUUUCUGAUGUGA